AUGGGGCUGCGAAGUCUCCUCCAGUAUCUUAUACAGAGUCCUAUACUCUUCAUCUACCAGCUUCUCCAAUGGGCGCUGGAUAAGGUCCUAUCACCAACGCCGCCUCCACCGCAAGCAGAGUUGAAGAGGCCCAAGAUCGCUGUUAUUGGAGCUGGUCUUACCGGAGUAUCCGCAGCAUCCCACAUCGUAGGCCAUGGCUUUGACUGCCGCAUCUUCGAAGCAGGGCCCAAGGAGAAUUUAGGAGGAAUUUGGAGUCGAGUCAACAAUACAUCGGGAUUGCAGAUUCACAGCAUCAUGUACAGAUUCCACCCCAGCGUCCACUGGAAGAAAGGCUACCCAGAUCGCAAACAAAUCGUCUCUCAAAUCACCGAUCUCUGGCAUCGCUACAGUCUUGAAGACAAGACGACCUUUAACACGCGCAUCGAAAAGGUGUACAAAGACCCACACGGCCGGUGGAUCUUGAACGACCCAUCCCUUGGCCGCUUUGACGGCAUAAUCGUCGCUGUUGGAACAUGUGGCGAUGCAAAAAUGCCCACGCUCCCAGGCCAGGAACACUUCAAGGGUGAAAUAUGGCACUCUUCCCAACUCGACGGGAAAUCCGCCAAAGGCAAGACAGUCGCCAUCACCGGGGGUGGCGCCUCCGCCGUGGAAGCCCUCGAAUUUGUCGCCCACUCGGAAGCAAGGCACUCAUAUGUGCUCGCUCGCAGUGAAAAGUGGAUCAUCCCGCGGAAUCCGCUGAUCAAUGGGCUCCUCGCCAUGAAUGUCCUUGGUAGCGAAACAAUCUUCUCAUGGAUUCCCGAGAACAUUCUACGCCUCUUCUUUUACCGAGAUCUCUACGACAUUUCGCCUCCGCGCAACAGUGGAAAGGGGCUCUUCACUGAGACUCCCAUGGUCAACGACGACGUCCUCGACCUCGUGCGCAGCGGGAAGGCAUCCUGGCUCCGCGGCGACAUCCUCGGCUACGACUCCUCUGGACGCGGCAUCAACUUCAACAAGCGAUUGCAGGGCGUGCCAAAGGACGGACCUGGAACCGAAAAGCUCAUCGAAGCCGACAUAGUCAUCAUGGCGACGGGCUACAAGCGACCCUCGCUCAACUUCCUACCCAGCGAAGUCUUCGAAGACCCUUACGCACCACCAAACUGGUACCUUCAGGUCUUCCCGCCUGACUAUCCAGAAAUAUGCUGCAACAACUGCACAUACGUCAAUGCCAUCGGUACAGUCGGAAACUACCACAUCGGCAUAUACACGCGUUUCCUCCUCAUGUACCUGGUCGACCCCCUGGCACGGCCGCGCACGGCAUGGAUGAAACGAUGGAUUGACAUGACCCGGUUCAUCAAGGCCAAGGCACCCGGUGGAGCGUUCGAGUUCUUCACGUACAGCGAGCUGAUAUACUGGUUUGUAUUUACGAUUGCGAUCAAUCCGUUCCGCUGGAAGUGGGCGCUGUUCGUUUUGUGUGGAAUCGGGAAAGAUCUGCCGCUCAAGGUGGUAGAAAGCGAGGAUAAAGUGAGGAAUGGGAUGGGCAUGAGGAAUGUGUGGGAUGAUAAGGUCAGUGGGGAGGCGAUGUGGAUCGGGGGAAAGAGCAAUGGAGAUUGA